GAGGCAAUCAGAAAGACUCAAUGGAAAAACUGACUAUCAGCUCUAAGCUCUUUCACACUUCUGUAAACCUGUUCACCGAAGCAGCGCUUGCAUAUGUUUUAACGUAAUUCAAUACAAUCAUUUUCUUUCUCAGGGCUUGUAUUUUCUAGACAAAUCACUGGAAAUGUUUCUGCUCGUCCAUACAGGGUGUUUCAUUUAUUCGAAGGUGGCUGGAAAUUGGUUGUGAUUAGCAACUACUUAACACCAGCUGCUUGUCAGAAAAGUAUAAGGAAAAUUUCCAAAUCUUUAGAAUAUACAGGACCUGUAAAUAAAGUGUUACCCACACAGCAUAUACAGUAUGUGGAUGAUUUGUGUGUCUCUGAGGAGCCAGCUGGGGGCAGACGUGCUCUCUUUACAGCCGUGCAGGGGUGAUCUGCCAAAAGGGGACAGGCGCUGGGUAGAAGUGCAGCAGGCGUGGGUCUGCGUGUCCACGGGCGACUUGGACUGCGCUGGUCAACCUUCAAGGACAGCAGCACGGUGACACCGGGGUCAGCGAGAGCUCGGAAGACGCCGCUCCAGUAAUCUGCAUCCUUAGGGACCCAACGUCUAAAAUCAGAAUGGAACCACGACGCGAGACAAAUAAAACGUGUGGGGUGAUUUGCCUUAAAUACCUGCUGUUUAUCUUCAAUAUUCUUUUCUGGCUGGCAGGGGGAGCUGUGCUGGCAGUGGGCGUGUGGACUCUGGUGGAAAAGAGCGACUACAUCAGCCUCCUGAACUCCAGCGUCUACUCAGCCUCCGCUUACGUGCUGAUAGCUGCUGGACUCAUCGUGGUGGCGACUGGGGUCAUCGGAUGCUGUGCCACGCUAAAGGAAAUGAAGAGUCUUUUGAUUGUGUAUUUGAUCCUUUUGUUGUGCAUUUUCCUGCUGGAAAUCAUUGCUGGUGUGUUGGCCUACAUACAAUAUAAAGAGUGUUUCCCUUUCUGCUACCAGCUGAAUGAGGAGCUCAGACAGAACCUGAAGGUGACCAUGCAGCAGAAAUACCACCAGCCAGGGGAGGAGAGUGUCACACAUGCAGUGGACAAGCUUCAGCAGGAGUUUAAGUGUUGUGGCAGUAACCACUCCUCAGACUGGACAGAGAGUGUGUGGAUCCAGGCUGCAGAUCAUGCGCGGCUUGUUCCUGAUAGCUGCUGCAAAACUCCCAGUGAACUCUGCGGCCAACGGGACCAUCCUUCAAAUAUCUACAAGGUGGAGGGAGGCUGCAUUAUGAAAUUAGAGCACUUCAUCCUGAGUCAGCUGUAUAUUCUUGGUGCAGUGGGCAUUGGGAUUGCAUUUCUUCAGCUUGUGGGGAUGAUGUUUACCUGCUGCCUUUAUCGAAGUUUGAAAGAAGACACAUAUUAAAUUUUGGACUUUCUUAAAUCUGUUUUUCAUCACACACACAUUUUGGUAGCUGAUCUUAUGUCUCUCAGUUAUUUACCUACCUUUGGAUGAUUACUUCCAAUGACAGUACAAACACUACAUAUGAUGCAGUUCUGCUGGACGGUGCUGGUCAUUUUCUGCUAAAUGCUUUAAACAUCCUGCAUUUCUUUUAAAGGUGUGUGGACAUGAGAACAAAAUGAACAUGCCGUUGCUUUGUUUGGCACAUUUAUUUAAAGUUAAUAUAUAUACUGUUUGUUGAAAUCAA